GUAAUAAAACAGAUUUUUUUCUUCGGGGAUCUAAAGGGUUAAUACCACUGGUUAAUACCUAAUCCAUGACGUCAGACUCCAGAAGACAUCUCUGUGGUAGUGUGACACCUCUUCUGCCGGUCUAAUUUUACAUUCCAAAGUUUCCAUCAGGCCUUGCGCUCAUCCUGAAGUGUGUCUACUCGAGUCGCAGCCCUGCAUUUCAAAACAGAAGACGAGUAUUUCGCCAUGAAUUCUGACAUGGAUGUUUGUCUUCCAGGAGACAUAGAAAACCAGGUGGAAUUGGAGGAGAAGACCAGACUUAUAAACCAGGUCCUUGAGUUGCAGAAUACUCUUGAGGAUCUCUCAGCUCGGGUGGAUGCAGUAAAAGAAGAAAAUCUGAAGUUAAAAUCAGAGAAUCAGGUUCUGGGGCAGUACAUUGAGAACCUCAUGUCAGCGUCUAGCGUGUUUCAGACCACUGACUCCAAAAGCAAACGGAAGUAAGAGAGCAUCCCUCUCUCCCAGACCCGCAGAUAAACCCUUUCACUAGACUUAUUUUAUCCCCAUGUCACUAAAAUGGUAAAUGUUUACAUUUCUUUUAUUUAUCAGUAUUCAUGUUUGUUUACAUUUUUUUUUUUCAAUGGCUUUGAUCAGUAUAUUACAUACUAAAAAACCUUUUAUUUAGAUAUUAAGAUGAUGCUAAAUUAAAACUUUUUAGGUAUGUUGUUUUUGUAAUUUUUUAUGUUCAGACAGGGUAUGAUAUUAAUAUUAAUUUGUAAUAUUUUAAAUUGUCUUUAAAGUAUGUAUUUUGUAUUUCACAUUUUUGUUUUGUAGUUGAGAGUGCAGUUGUGAUGACAUGACAGUUGCUCUCUCCCGCUGAGCUGUUUGUCUGUAUCAGCACUGAUUAUACUCAAGUUGAGAGAAAACAUUUCAGGUCAUUCUGAUCAGGGAAUGAAAUUUAGACCCUUUUCUUGGUGCUAUCAACAGAAGGGAGUUCUCUGGCAUGCAUUACAUCUGUGCCUCUGAAUAUCUUAACAUAUGUGUUGUGUUUGUAUGUGUAGAAUAUUACCAUUGUGUGGCAUUGCAAAUGCCUGUUUUAAUUAAAAAAGAAAAAGAAAAAGUG